GCUACUAGGUAUAACACCUACCUGGCACUGAUCACCACUGACCAGCCGCACUGCUACGAGAUCAAGGCCGUCUGGGGCCUGAGCAUCUCGCUCUGCGUGCUGUUUGCCUUCUCUGCCGUCAUCUGCAUCGGCCUCUGGCGCCGCAUCAAAUCCACCACGAUGGCACCUCCGAAGGACAUUGAAGGCUAGGGGCGCGCGGGCGCACGUGGAGGCUCGAGAGAGGCGAUUAUGGACGAGAAGUUCGGGGGAGCAGCCCGACAACAGAUUUCUGGUCCCACCGCUCUCGGAACCAGGCUUCUCUCCCCGAAAACCUCCUCCUCCGGAUCGCGGUGGGUCUCCCCGCAUCCGCAUCCGCCUCCACUUGUAGCGCCCAAACCUGCACACCGGGCCCCUAUUUUCCGGUCCAUCGACCAAGAUAUCCCACCGGUACCACCCGUUCCUAUGAUUCUAAAUGUCAAUACUAGCCAAACGGUCAUCACUGGCCAGCCCUUGGCCACCAAUAUUCAACCUCCCGCUCCGGCAGCGACGAGGUCUCUGAACAACCGACAGGAAUCCCCUAACGAGGAUUUCAUACCCAUCAUGCACAAUCCUUUCCUUGACCGCGUUGCUCCUCAUCCUCUUUCCCCUGCUAUCACUUCCAACAUUAGGACAGCAGUGAUAGCAGCAAGAGCAGCGCCACAAACAAUCGUAAUCCCACCCACCCCCAGCGACGACGGCUUCACCCCCGUCACCCCGACCCCCAUCUCACCCAUCCUCAAAAGGUUCCAGCUCACUAGCCGGGCCCCGCCGCUGGUGCAGCAGCCCCGUGACGCGCUUGGUAUACCGAUUGGAAAGAAGUUUCUCCGCUCGAAGAGCCAGGGGGCGAGGGCGAGACGGGCGGAAGAAGAAAAUCAGAAAAUACAAAAAGAAAGAGAAGGAGAGGAAAAAGGAGGAGUAGAGGAUGGCUAUGGUGGUGGUGAUAAUGAUGAUACGACGCCUUUAAGCCCGACGGGUGCUCGCGAUCUGCUGGCAAAGCCGGCGCGGAAGACGCUGUGGGGGGCGAUGAUCGAGGGAUGGUGGGAUCUGGGGCUGUUGGAGAGGGGGAAGAGUCUGAGAAGGAGGGGUGGUGGGUGAUGAGGAUGAGGAUGAGGAUGAGGGUAUUACGUGGUGUAAUGUUUGUUUAUGUGAUUUGAUUUCGGGGCUUGCGUGGGAAGGGAUAUAAUGUAAUGAAUGGCUUGGCCUGGUUUUGGGUUGGAGUUGUCUUUUUCCAAGGGGGGUUUUUAGGUGCAUUUGCUAUACUUACCUCACAUAUCUAUCUAAUAGGUUAGUAGGUAGUAGGUAGUAGGCAGGGGAAAAUAAUACAAGUUGCUAUACCUUAGAAUUUUCUGGCUUCAUAACAGACUUCUCUCGUUUGGAU